AUGCCCACCCAGAUCCCGCCCGAGACCCUCCAGUACGCCCCCCAGUUCUUCACCGCGUGUCGACAAGGCUCGAUCGAGACGCUCCAAGCCCCCUUGGAGGCUGGCCUCCCCGCCAACCUCACCAACGAGAACGGCGACACCCUCCUCAUGCUCGCGUCCUACCACGGCCACGCCCCGCUCGUCUCGCUCCUCCUCGCCCACGGCGCCGACCCGAACCGGCUCAACGACAAGGGCCAGUCCCCGCUCGCCGGCGCCGUGUACAAGAACGAGCGCGACGUCGUCGACGCCCUCCUCGCCGGCGGUGCGGACCCGCACGUCGGGCAACCGACGGCGAAGGAGACGGCGAGGAUGUUCAAGAACGAAGAGUUCGAGAGGCGGUUUCGAGAAGAGCCGGGGCCGGUGCCGGCUGCGGCUGCGUGA